GUUGCCCCGGGAAACCUAACAGCUUGCGUCCGGGCUGCGUGGCUCUGGCUGAGCCGGGCGGAGAUGGACGGCCGCUCCGAGCACACUAACGACCCCAGCGGGGAAAGCGGAGACCGGGAAAGCCUGGCCGCGCGGCCGUCCGAGAUCAAGGUCAGCUCUGGCCCUCCGACCCCGCCCGAACCCGGGCAGCCGGAGUCGGAGCUGGAGGAAGAAGGGGCUUCGCAGAGAGGCACCGCCACGGACCAGCAGGCCGAGGCCCGGAAAGGGCUAACGGCCGCCGAGGCCGAGGGCGAGGAGGGGCCUGGAGCGCCGGGGAGGCCGGCCGAGCCCCAGCCCGCGCCCGAGCCCGAAGAGCCGCCCGAGGCCAGGGCUGAGGAGCCAGUCCAGCCGGAGCCCGGAGCCGGGCCCCUGGAACUAGAGGCGGAGGCGGAGGCGGGGGCGGAGGAGGAGCUGGAGCAGGCGGCGGAGGGGAAGGAAGCCCCGUCCCAGACCUCCCUGCCGGUGCCCAGGACCGGCUUGGAAGAGGCUGCUGCAGCCCCGGAGGCUGAGACAGAGCAGGUGGAGGAGGAGGAGGAGACGCAGAGAGACGGCGCAGAGAGCGAGGGGAGGGGUGGGGAAAGACGCCCGGCCAAGAGCCAGGAAGAGGGGAAGCGCCUCGGUGGAAGGGACGAGCUUGAGGACCUGGAGUGGUCCGAGGAGGUCCAGAGGCUGCAGGAGCAGCAGCUGCGCAGCGACCUCCUGGACCAGUACCGUUCCCUGCUAGUGGAGCGGAAUCGCUCCCAGCGCUACAACCUGUACUUGCAGCACAAGAUCUUCGAGGCGCUGCGCAAGAAGAAGGGCCUGGAGGCCGCUGAGGUGCCUGACCAGGGCGCAGAGGCCGAGGCCCCCGAGAAAGAGCAAGCGUACCUGCGCCAUCUGGACAUGCUGGAGCAGCUGAAGAAGGAGCAGGCAGACGACCAGCAGUGGUACCACCAGAAGCUGGGCCAGCUGAAGCGGCAGUGCCAGGAAAAGCUCACCAGGGUGGAGAGGGAGUGGCGACGCUUCCAGGCACUCAAGAAGCAGGUGGUGAUGCAGGCCAUGGGCAGCUGUCGGAUGAGGGGCGGGCGCCAGGCUGCUCUGCGAGAGGUGGAGCAGAUCCAGGCGUUGGAAGAUAGAAAGGAGAAGGAGAUGAGCGCCGUGCGGCUAGAAAACGUGCAGCUGAAGCAGAGCCUGGUGCAUUUGGAAACCAUGAUGAGGACCCAGGAGGCCCUGACCGAGGGUCUGCUCCUCAUUGACUUUGAACAGCUGAAGAUUGAGAACCAGACCUUCAAUGAGAAAAUUGAGGAACGAAAUGAGGAACUUUUAAAACUUCGCAACAAGGUGACCAACAGUGUGCAAGUAAUAACCCACGUGAAGGAAAAGCUUCACUUCAUGGACAUGGAGAACGCAUGCAAAAAGACACAGCUGGCAGAAAUCGAGGCCCAGGUCGCCCUCAGAAGAGACAUCCUGACCAAGACAAAGCAAGCCCGCGAGGGGCUGCGGGCGGACAACAUCAGGCUGAACCAGAGGUGCGGGCUUCUAGGCAAGGAGUCACUCCUUCGGGACUUGGAAGAAAAGGUGGACAAGACCGAACUGCUCAGCGGGCGCCUGGAAUCCCUGAAGCGCCACCACGCCGGGCUCACUUUGUCCUGCAGAGGCGUGAGGCAGAAGAUCACGGAGGCCAGAGCCUUUCUCCCCUCUUGACCAUAUCGACGAGAGGAGUACAAGUCCUCAGGAUGUGCUUGUCCGACCUUAUUAUUUUUUUUUUUUUUUUACCUUUGAUGCCAUUCUUAAAAAGGGCUGUGAUAUUUGGGAUGGAACUGCAUUUUGUAUUUAUCUCGAAAUGUUUCAGCUUCCAAAUUAGUGCUGAGCCUAAAAUUCAGUUAGUUUUAUUUGGGAUCGAGCAAAACAGGUCCAGAAAAGCAAAGUGUGACUUAAUGUAACUAACUUCUCAUGAAAACCUGUUGAAAGUCUUAAGUCUGAGCAAUUCCAUUUCAAUGACUUAAUACUAAGAGUAAGGAGUACUGUUCCUCUUUCAUGUGUAGGAGGGUUUAAAAGUUCAGUGAAUGGGCAAGGUACAAAAAAAUCCUGUGCUAAUUAUUAAAUUCUGUGGAUUUAUUAAACUGUGUAAUCCCACAUCACUGUUUCAGUUAGAAGCUCAUUAAUUCCCUUAAUCUUUUUUUUUUUUUUUUAAUAGAGUCUUGCUUUGUAGUCCAGGCUGCAGUGCAAUGGCACAAUCUCAGCUCACUGCCACCUCUGCCUCCGGGGUCCCAGUUCAAGCAAUUCUACCUCAGCCUCCCAAGUAGUUUGGACUACAGGCAUGAGCCACACCAUGCCCAACUAAUUUUUGUAUUUUUAAUAGAGAUGAGGUUGGUCAGGCUGGUCUCGUUCUCCUGGCCUCAAGCAAUCCACCUCCCUCAGCUUCUCAAAGUGCUGGGAUUACAGGCGUGAGCCAGCAUGCCCGGCCUGACAGUCUUCAGUUUCUAAUGAAACAUGUUUUUGGAUCCUCUGAAGAAAUGCAUUGAUUUGUACCAAAAAAUGAAAUUUUAUUAUCUAGCAAAAACAAAAUGACAGUUGUAUUGCAUGCUUUGCAAGGUGCAAAAUAACAUGGCACAGAGGCUGCUGGCAUCCUAGAAGAGAGCCUUCUGCAUCAGCUGGACGCUUUAAGAUCUCAACAGGGCAUUGUUGUGCACGAGUUCACUGAGCAGCAAAUGGUAAAGUGCCUCUUACUCCUUGUGUUCGUGUUAAAAAUACCCGAUACUCUAUUUCCUUAAUGUAGUAUCAGUGAUUAUCUUGAAGCUAAGGGCUUGUUUUCAUUUCUUCUUAAUCCUAGAUUGAAUUUUGAGAUGUGUGGCCUUGGGGUUAAAUUUUGUCUCCCACUCCUAAACUUAAGUGAUUCAUAAAACAUGUGACAGUGUUUUUGGUGCUGGAUACCUCUGAAGAAUGGUGGGAACCCAGCUCUGGGCAGGGGACUCAGUCGUGAGCUUUAUCUUUGGAUGCCAUGAUUUUGUUUGGUUUUGGGUUUUUUUUUUUGAGAUGGAAUCUCACUCUGUUGCCCAUGCUGGAGUGCAGUGGUAUGAUCUCGGCUCACUACAACCUCCGCCUCCCAGGGUCAAGCAAUUCUCCUACCCCAGCCUCCCGAGUAGCUAGGACUAUAGGCGUGCACCACUACGCCCGCCUAGUUUUUUGUAUUUUUUAGUAGAGACAGGGUUUCACCGUAUUGGCCAGGCUGGUCUCAAACUCCUGACCUCGUGACCCUGCUGCUGAUCACAAGUUCAGAGGUGAGCCAUCGCACCUGCCAUGGUUUCGUUUCUAAAGUAUGCUCCCUUGGAAGCCAGUGAAGUUUGAUUAAAAUUCCCUUUCUACCUUUCAUGGCUUGAAUAUACUUUAGUUAAGUAGAAAAGCUUGGGCCGGUUGCAGUGGCUCACACCUGUAACUCCAACACUUAAGAAGGUUGAGGCAGGGAGACUACUUGAGCCCAGGAGUUUGAAACCAGCCUGAGAAACACCUCAAAACCCCAUCUCUAUAAUAAUACAAAAAGAUGAGCCGGAUGUGGUGGCACACACCUGCGGUCCCUCCCAGGUGGGAGGAUCAAUUGAGGCCGGGGGCGGCUGUGGAGGCUGCUGUGAACAGUGAUCAUGCCACUGCACUCCAGACUGGGCAACACAGUGAGACCCUGUCUCUAAAAGCCUUGACUUCUGGCUUCCAUUCUCAGCCACUCACUCACCACCAUUUUAGUCUUUCCUCUACGCUUUUUUUUUUGAGACGGAGUUUCGCUCUUGUUACCCAGGCUGGAGUGCAAUGGCGCAAUCUCGGCUCACCGCAACCUCCGCCUCCUGGGUUCAGGCAAUUCUCCCGCCUCAGCCUCCUGAGUAGCUGGGAUUACAGGCACGCGCCACCAUGCCCAGCUAAUUUUUUGUAAUUUUUAGUAGAGACGGGGUUUCACCAUGUUGACCAGGAUGGUCUCGAUCUGUUGACCUCGUGAUCCACCCGCCUCGGCCUCCCAAAGUGCUGGGAUUACAGGCUUGAUCCACCGCGCCCGGCCUCCUCUACGCUUUAUAGCAAAGCAAAUCACUGGCAAAUAGAACUUCCUGUGUGCCUCAGAUUAGAAGCAGGACAGGCCCACUGGGUUCUUCUGUAGCUGGGGAGGCCUCGAGUGGACCUGGCAGUGAUGCUCCGACACCUGACCAACCAUGUGACUUUCAUGAUAACGGAGUCCUUUAUCCCUUUGAUUCACUACAGGGAGAAUGGGUGUUUUCAGCUGGUGUUGACACACCAGCGAUUAGCUAGAUCCCAGCAAACCCUCCCUCCCCAGCCUCAAGCCCAGUAGCAAGCAGAUCUCAGAGCACAAAGAUACAAAGGAGUUUGCCGAGUCUGGCAUUGCUUUAAGCUGCAGAGCAAACCUGUCUUAAGUGACUGUACAGUGAGUUACCAGUGUUCUCUCAAAUUAUAGUACCUUAUGCUGGAGACGUUACAAUUAACUAGUAGAUAAUCUUCUGUUAAUUAUCUCCUACCACAGUUCUUUCCAAUGAUAGGAGAGCGCUUACUCAUGAAACAGCAACACACUCAUAAAUUGAUAGAUGGCUUCUGAAGAAUUCUACAGACCCUGACGCAUUGUCUGUCCCCAGGGCCUCACUGAAGAGCUGUUAGUGCCUCCACAGAAGCCUGUGUGCAGCGCAACUCAGCCUUUGAUCUCCUGCUUAGCGAUGGUGAACUUAGGUACCUGUUCCUUUGAGACAAAGUCCCAGGAAGGCAAAGACUGUUGGUUCGUCACCCUCCCUAGUGGCCAGCACAGGGCCUGGCAUCUGAAUGGUACUCUAUAAAUAUGUUGGAUUAACA